GAUGCUUGCUUUCCAGUCUCCUUUAAUAGAUAUAACUAACGUCCAGCUUCCACUAAAUCAAGUAAGUCAGAAAGGGAAUCAUUUCAAUACCUUUAUCAACUCAGGACCCAAGAUUCGACGUCAUGAUCCGUAUGGAUGGAAGUGCCUUCUUGAUGAAGAUUAUACUGAAUCUAUUUUUUCGAUAGAUCCGGCUCAAAAUACCUAUAUCUCUAAUACAAAAAAACAGCUUCAAGGUAAGGAUCACCAAGGUUCUCCCAUGUCGCCAGGGUCAGGUAUUUGCAACGUGAUGGUUCAGUUUAAAUGUCAUCAGUCUAUAUACUCAUCUCAUAUAUUGCUUGAAAAAGGUCUAUAUGUUGUCGUUCAGGGUGACCGCGGCAUUGACAUUGGAGUUGUUAUUGGCGUUAAUCAAGAGGAAAGUAAAAUGUUUGUUGAACAUACUAGACCUGUUGAAAGCUUUCUACGGUAUGCUACUCAACGAGAAGUCGACUACUGGGCUACUGAUUUGAAAGAAGCUGAGGCUAGCGCCAUGGAACUUUGCCAAAAGCAAGUAAAUUUCCAUGGAAUUAACAUGCUAAUUACUCAGUGUGAGUAUCAGUACGAUAAAAAGAAGCUUACCUUUUAUUAUGAAGCUUCUCAGCGUGUGUACUUUGUCCAGCUACUUAAAGAACUUUACAAGAAAUUCGGGUGCCGCAUAUGGAUGGAAAAGGUUUCUCCUCGUGAUUAAAAAUAAUUAAAUAUAUAUAUUAUAUAUAUGUAUAAUUUUUUAUUUUAAAAUAUAGAUUUAUCUCCUUUAUUAAUUUUAUAUUUUAGUAAAGUUAGAUUCACAUUACUUUUGAAUAAAAUUUAUGCUCCACUUUUUUUGAGUCAAGAGAGAAUCGUAGAAAAAGUAUUAUGUAGAAGCAUAUAGUGGUAAUUAUCAUAGAAUAUUCAUUACCCUUUAAAUUAGUAGACCCAGAAAUUAGUGUCACUGACCUAAAUGUUCAUUUCUUCUGAAAUCAAAAAUUACUAUCGAUUCCAGAUAAACAAAUAACUUCUUCUUCUAUGAAAACAUUUCCCUGCCACUUUUUUUAAUCCAUUUGCCACUUUAUAUUUUUUGAAGGAAUCUAAAAUAGCAUACAUAUUCACUAGUUUCAAAUAUACAUCAAUAUCUGCAUAUGAUGCCUGCUUUGAAUUAAUCAAUAGAUUCAAACUACCGCAUCUCUGAUCUUGUCUAAGCAAAUAUUAGUACUAUAUCCCUAACUAGCUUAAGGACUCUUAUUGAAUAUUAUUUAAAGACGACGCUGUUUCCGUUUGUAAAUAAUAGAAGCUAAGUUUAGAUAUAAAAGACUUCAAGUCUUUAUUUAUCAAGUGGCAAAGUGAGUGUGUUUUUGUUCAUAUAAAUUACAUUAUUAAAUAAGUAAACUCCACUGUGAUUAGUACAUAUUUGCUUUAUAACUUAGCCCUUGUCUUCUUCUAAUUAAAAAUUACGAUGCUUUGAAAUUAACAUCAAUUCUAUGACAAAUAUUUGUGUGAAUUAUGUUUAAAUAGCACGAUGUUAAGGUUUCUUUCUAUUUAUUUUUGACCUAUUAAGAAAAUACGAAACAAAAUCUAAAUGAUCGAUAUCUACUAACUUCUAUUCAAAAGUUCUAGUAUGUUUUUUAAGUCUUAUAUAACGUUUUUUUAUUUGAUGAUUCAAAAUAUUUUCCCUUUAAAGUUAUGUUUAUAUUUAUGUGUUGCAUCUAGUAUCAAUAAUUGAAUCCCUUGUAUCCUCAAAAAUUUAACCGUUUUCUUGAAAGUAAAAGUACACAAGCAAGUUGAUAAUGUAUUUAUUUUUGAAAGUAAACCAUAGAAACUGUAUGAGAAUAUCCUUCCUAAAUAAUCAGAUUUAUGAGUAAAUUACUUUAACUUAAAUGCCUAUACUGUACAGUUGAUAUUCCUCCCUUCCUCUCAUAUGCUUAUGUUCCUUCAAAGUGAAUCAGAGCUAUUAAAAUUCAAAGUACUACUCUGGAAAAGGGUGAGAAACCCUUUUGAGCCCCUUGAACACUUAUCUCAUGUUACAAUUCUUCAAAAAUAUUAGAGAAAAGGUUAAUGUCUAAUUUUUGUUCAGCUAUCGUACAUAACUCUACUUAGAGAAGAGCAAAAUGGAAGAUUUGAAGAUCCCUAAAUUUCAAGGGCGAAGUUUCUUCGAGUAGAUAUGCAUAUGAUAUUUUCUAUGUGCGUUUGUGUUUCUUUAGAAUGAUUACCACACAAUCUUUUGAGACUCGGAAUAUAGGUGAUAGUAUCAACUAAACUAAAUUUCAAGUUUUAUUAAAAUAUAGCGAUGUUUUUGUGGAACCUGAAGGAAACUAAAAUUGUUCCUGUGAUUUCAACUUUUUUGGUCGAAAUAAAUAAUGACUGAAAAGGGAAAAUUGAAUACCAAACUUUCAGGCUACUGUCCUCUAGGAUUUCAUAUUUCUUCGUUUUUCCAUAUCUUUUAGAAACUUAUGAAAGUUGCAU